AUGCGAGUGCCACGUAAUCGCCAGCAGGCUCUUUUUUGGAGCCAACAAAAACGCCCAAAGCCGCAACCAAAAACUAUCCGCAUUUCGCUGGCCACUUGGCGCCGAAUCCUGUCCAGAAAUACGGAUGAGUUCUGUCGCAAUACCACCAUUCAUGGAUUGAAGUACAUUAACAACAGCAAAUUACGGAACAGUGAUAGGUUGUUUUUCGGCAUAGCCCUGCUGGCGGUGCUUUCCUUCGCCAUUUACCUGAUACAGGACGCCUUCGAUAAGUGGAACACCACUCCGGUGAUAGUGGGCAUCGAUCCGGAGCUAACUUCCAUUGCCAACGAGCCCUUUCCGGCGGUAACCAUUUGCAAUUUAAAUCAGGCCCUGGCCCAAAAAGUCCAACACUUGGCCAACGAUUCCAUUGAGUUUGCCAUGCUGCAGUUGCUCUGCCGACGUACGGUGGAUGUCCAAAUGGUGAAUGGAAAUGAUCCCAACUGGGAGGAGUUUAUACUCAAUAUCUCACAACCCUGCAAGUCAAUGGUGAUUAACUGUCGUUUUGGCGCCGAUGAUUACGAAUGUGGGCGUUUAUUCCACCCAAUUGUGACCGAUGAGGGUCUAUGUUGUGUUUUCAAUAUGCUGCAUCCCAGGUUUAUGUACCGGAAAAGCGUUCCCUACUCACAUCGCAAUAUAAGCCUGCCCGAUGGAUUCCAGUCAGUCAACUGGCACGCGGAGUCGGGAUAUCGCAAGCGGGGCUCCCAGCAGGAUGCGGAUAGUCCGCUGUACCCACGACGAGCCCAAGGAACUGGGGAGUCGCUCGGAUUAUCGCUGACUCUGGAUGUCCAGGCGGACGCCUACUACUGCUCCUCGUCCAGCAGCAUUGGCUUCAAGAUCGCCCUGCAUAGCCCCAAUGAAUCACCUAAUGUGCGCGAGACCGGAGUCCUUUUGGCACCCGGAAUGGAGACCAAACUGCGGAUAGAUCCGGCGAAAAUCCUGACGGAGAAGCACCUGCGCAACGUGGACCGCCAGAGCAGGCGCUGUUUAUUCCGCAACGAGCUGAAACUGCGAUGGUUUGCCCACUACACUCAGAGAAAUUGCGUGGCCGAGUGCCUGUCCGGCUGGCUAAUCCGCCACUGCGGCUGCGUGACCUUCUAUAUGCCCCGACUGAACAGGAACGACACUAUUUGUUCGCUUCGCAAGCGGGACUGUGUGGAGCUGAUCCGAUUCAGGACCAUUGUGGCAAUGGAAUCCUGCCUGGAUGAAUGCCUGCCCUCGUGCUUCGAUCUCACCUUCAGUGCGAUUGCCUACUCAACGAGGAUCUCGCACGAAGGCUUCAAGCAAACGCCCUCGAACAGCGGCUGGAACUUUUCCGAUUCCUAUGUGGAGCGCAGCGUGGCGGUGGUGAAUAUGUACUUUAAGGAUCCCACAUUUAGGGCCAACAAGCAGACUGAGUUCAUUGGCGUCUCCGAUUUUUUGUCUGCCGUGGGCGGACUCAUGGGUUUGUUCUUGGGCUUCAGCUUUCUCUCCAUUGCCGAGUGCGUGUACUUCGCCCUGAUACGUCCCUGUCGCACUUGCUCGGAGAUCCGACAGCUCAACCAGCAAACGCAGCAGGAAAAUAACACAAAGAUGGUCCUGCCACCAGCAGAAAUCAGAUACAUUUCACCAGCCAAUUGGUUUCGGGCCGAGUUGGGCCAUCAGCAGCCACACAGGCCGCACUUUAAUCCUGCUUAA